UUGUUCUUCUUCUAGUUUCACAUUUCAGUUUCGUCGGGUCUUUCCCUUCUAGCUCCCACAUAAUCACUCGAUCUGUUUAUCUUUGAAGGCCAUGGCAGUGUCUAGGGUGCUGGUGUUGCUUGCUCUCUGUGUGCUUCCGGCACUUGCCAGUGCGAAAACCGUGGGCAAACCCUUCCAUGUCCAAGGUCGCGUCUACUGCGACACUUGCCGCUGUGGUUUCGAGACCUCUGCCACCACUUAUAUUGCCGGUGCAAGGGUGAGAAUUGAGUGCAAAUACAGGAAAAGCUUGAGCCUUGCAUACAGUGUAGAGGGCGUUACCGACGCAACUGGAACAUACCACAUUUUGGUUGAAGACGACCACGAGGACCAGAUUUGCGAAACGGUCCUCAUUAGCAGCCCAAUCAGUGACUGUAAAUCAGCUGACCCCGGACGUAGCCGUUCCAACGUGGUACUUACCCGCUUCAACGGCGUUGUUAAGACCAAGCGUUUUGCAAACAACAUGGGGUUCUUCAAGGAUCAGGAAUUGCCUGGAUGUUCCCAACUGCUCAAGCAAUACUUGAACUACGAUCAGCAGGAAUAGAAGAGCUAGUUAUCUAGUCCUUCUUAUUGUUAGUCCUUUAAACGUUGACCUAUAUAUUUUUGAUUUCAUUUGGGUUGUU